GUCCUUUGCAGGUACGGAAGUCCAAUUAGAUUGCAGGAAACACAGAUCUCUGUUAAAUGGGGUUAUGUCGGCAAGAUGUGGGGGACCGAUACUCCCGGCUCUUGGCAUAACGGUCACGAGAAGAUCGAUAAACAAGCAGGUAAAGAGGACACG